GGGCACGAGUCGCUAUUCGGCUUGUCCCGGAAUAACACGAGUUGGUCACGAAUGUAGCAACCCGGUCACCAGCGGGAUACGAUCUCAGCACAUGACGCUCUUUUACCUGCUCCGCCCUAUAUUCACACGACAUGUGGAGUGGAGCGGAGUGACACAAGGUCACAUCAUUGAUUUCGCUAUUGGUUAUGAGCGUUGUCACCAUGCGUUAGUUUGAACAAGGACUCUCCACAUAGUGCUGAGGUAGAGAUAGAUCUGGAUUUAUCGUUAUUACUCCACCAGAAGAAGUAGCAGAUUGUGGGCAAAGCCCAAACAUGAUCAACAGGUACCCAACCCAAAAGGCUUCUGAACAGAAUGUUCCGGAUCGAUCAACCUUUCAGACUAUGGCGUCACAACAGACGUUAAAGUACUGCCUGGCUUUGCUAAUUGCCACGGUGUUGUGUGGAACCGUAAUGCUGAACUACAAUGAGUCCAGUUUUAAGCUGACUGGAGUAUGGGCGGUGUUUCAGAGAGACAACGUAUCGCACAACGAAGGAGGAAACACCAAUAACAAUGUGACAGUAUCGACAAUUGGCUACAAAAUGACUUUUAAUAGUUCAAAUCGUACGUAUCCAUAUUUCUAUAAACCAAUCUCAUUUCAUUCUUCGGAAAAGUACAGACAGAAGACGUCUUACAGCGUGAAUUUCAACCAUGGAUACCAUCCGGUAACAGGCACCAAGCCGAAGCUCAUCCUGUUUUAUAAUCCUCCCGGAUGGUUCAAAGUGUUUCAGAAAUUUUGUCCACAAGGUUUACAAAAAUGUCCACAGAAACACUGUGAAUGUUCCUUUCAUCCAAAUCAAAUGGACAAAGCAGAUGUUGUCAUCAUCGACGCAGUUGAUCUCCAGUACAGGACGCCUCCAGCUAAACCAACCAACCAAGUAUGGAUCUUAUUCGGAUUAGAGUGUCCAAACUAUUACCCAAGUCAGUUAUACCAAUCAGAGCAAUGGCGCCAUGUGUUUAACUGGACCAUGACGUAUCGUCUUGACUCGGAUGUCAUCUUGCCUUACAAUAUCCUUUUAGAUCAGCAGCAAUCAACACCAAGAGGUAACUUUACUGAAAUUGCUCAGAAUAAAACAAAGUCAGUCCUGUGGUUUGUUAGUAACUGCAACACACCCUCCAAACGGCAACAAUAUGUGAAAGAACUAGGGAAGCAUAUAACAGUGGACAUGUAUGGAAGAUGUGGUCCAUUGAAAUGUAGCGGACAGAAUUGCGAUGUUCUGUACAACAAAUACAGGUUUUAUUUAUCCUUUGAAAAUUCAUUUUGCAUUGACUACGUCACAGAGAAGUUGUAUAAAACCUAUUCUCACAACAUUGUUCCUGUCGUUCGGGGAGGUGCUGAUUAUGAUGCCAUGAUACCAAAAGGAACGUUCAUUAAUGCAGCGCACUUUUCAAGUCCAAAAGAACUGGCAAAAUAUCUUAUAUAUCUGGAGAAAAACGUCACAGCCUAUGCUAGGAUACUGGAAAACAAAUCCAGAUAUAGAAAUGAUAACGGUGAAACGUAUGAAUCUGCAUUUUGUGACAUUUGUGUGAAACUUCAUAAUUUGAAUUCAUAUCAUCAACAGUAUAAUGAUAGUGGUAAAUGGUUGAAACAAGACACCUGUCACCUACCUACGGAUGUUUGACCAAACACAUUUCAUUAUUCAAGAUUCUUUCGCGUUUACAUCUGAGAAUAAAAGGACGAUAUCAUCUCUAUCGUUAUGUCAGUACCAAUUCCUUAACAUGCACUGUACAUUUACUGAUAGCAAGUAGUUUAUGUAUUUAAAGAGGUUUGUUUAUUUGUUUGUUGCAUAACGCGGCACUCAGCAAUAUUCCAGCUAUAUGAUGGCGGUCUGUAAAUUAUCGAGUAUGGACCAGACAAGCCAGUGAUUGACAACAAGAGC